AUGACUUUAGUCCCAGUCGACAGCGUCGCUCCCAUCCGCAACCAGUCUUUUACACCGCCCACCCCGCUUGUUAAGGGCGUCAUCGUUAUGCUCGCGCGAAAUACCGACGCCGACGGUGCUGCAAAGUCGAUCACGGAGCUGGAGAAGCGGUUCAAUGGAAGGUGGCGGUACCCAUACGUGUUCUUGAAUGAACUGCCUUUCGACGAUAACUUCAAAAAUAAGCUCCAAGCCGUCAACCCGUCGGCGGAUAUGAAGUUCGGGCUGAUCCCUGUUGUUCACUGGUCGUAUCCAUCAUGGAUCAACCAGACGAGAGCUGCUGCUGCUCGCAAAGCCAUGCACGAAGCCAAGAUCAUUUACGGUGGUCACGAAGCAUAUCGUCACAUGUGCCGAUACAACUCCGGAUUCUUCUAUCGGCACGAAUUGCUGGACGAAUACGACUACUAUUGGCGAGUCGAACCCGAUGUGCAUUUUUACUGUGACAUCGAUGAAGAUCCUUUCCGCUUCAUGCAGGAAAACAACAAGCUCUACGGUUUCACAGUGUCGCUGACUGAGUUCCGUGCAACAAUUCCAACACUCUGGGAGACCACCCGCGCCUUCAUGACGGAGAAUCCUUCAUAUAUCCGCACCGAAGACAAUGCCGUUCGAUGGAUUUCUAAAGACUUAAAAGAUUACAAUCUGUGCCAUUUCUGGUCGAAUUUCGAGAUAGGCAGUCUACAUCUUUGGCGUUCAAAAGCCUACGAAGGCUACUUUGAACAUCUUGACCACGCCGGGGGUUUUUUCUACGAGCGAUGGGGCGAUGCUCCCGUGCAUUCCAUUGGGGCGACGUUACUCCUCAAACCCUCCCAAAUCCACUUCUUCAACAAUAUUGGAUAUGAUCACACCGGAAUCAAUCACUGCCCCAUUGAUCAACCCGCUUUCGCCAACAAGUGCCAGUGCAAUGGGCUCAAAAAUUUCGAUAUGACGGAUUGGUCAUGUACGCCGGAAUGGUUCGAUUUGUUUGGAGAUACGUCCUUUGUGUUUCUAAAUAAUAUAUGCUGCCCCAGCUGA